AUGCCCGUCACAGCCAUCAUCUACGCCUAUCGCAAGCCCGGCUUGUCACCGGAAGACUUCAAAAAACACUAUGAAGCACACGUGGAUCUAGUCAAGAAACUAGCGGGAGACAGUUUCCCGUCUUCACACAAACGAAGCUACAUCGCCCGCACUACAGUCACAACCCCUCCUGACGACGCCACCACACGGAACGCCCUCACCCCGGCCACUGUCCUCAGCGGGCAGCAGUCAGACUUCGACUUCGAUGCCUAUGCUGAACUUACUUUCCCUGAUCAGGCUGCUUUUGGAGCUUUCCAUGCUAGGGUUACGGCGGCGGAUGCUGCCGCGCAGAUCGCUGCUGACGAAGGGAAGUUCUUGGAUCGCUCCAGACUGGGAAUAGCUAUGGUUGGGGAUGUGCUUGAGACCAAUGCCUGA